GUGUUUCCGUGUGAAGUAAAAACAGAGCAUUUCUCCUCUGCUCUCCCAACCUCUCGCAUACCUCCCUCGUCCUCACCAUUUUCUUGCCCAUUUUCUUCCUUACUCUGCUACAUCUCUCUCUCUCUGGGUUUCUGAAACUGAGCCGUGAAAAAUCAGUUUUGAACUGAUCAUGUAUAAGUCAAAGCUGCAAGAACUGUGCCACCAGAGGUUCUGGGGCAAGCCCCAGUACUCGUGCUCUAAGGAUGGUCCGGACCAUAACCCUCGUUUCAAAGCUUCUGUGCGCGUCAAUGACGUCUACUUCGACUCCCCCACCGACUGCAAAUCCUCCAAGAGCGCCUACAACCAUGCUGCCAUGCUUGCAUUUACUUACUUCACUUCUGCCUCUCCUGGCCCUUCAAUGGCGACUGCGGAACCCGUCACAGGAGAACCACAGACAGACGAAACACAACAGAGCUCAGAGUUUCAUUUGAAUGCUUUGUGUGAAGAAGAUGCAAGAAGUGUCUUAAGAAGUACACCCAUCCUUGCAGAUUUGCAUUAUCAGUACAAGAGCCAGCUACAGAACUAUGCUCAAAGGAAAAAUCUUGAGUUACCCUUGUAUUCUCAUAAGGGCGAGGGCCCAUCUCAUGCCCUGCGCCAUACGGCUAUGGUUACCGUAGAUGGACUUACCUUUGAAAGCCCCGAGUCUUUCAGCACUCUAAAAGAAGCAGAGCAUGCUGCUGCAAAGGCUGCUUUGAUGUCUUUGUUGCCAGAUGACCCCCAAGAGGAUUACCAUGGUUUUUACAAGAAUCUCUUACAGAGGCUUUCUCAAAAAGAUGGUCUUUGCUUACCAGUAUACAAAACAGGCAAGUCUGGCAAGCCUCACAUGCCCACAUUUGUUUCAACCGUGGAAAUCGGAGGGGAGAUUUUUCAUGGGAAAGGAGCCAAAUCCAAGAAACAGGCUGAAAUAAAUGCUGCAAAGGUUGCUUACACUACUUUUAAGGGAAGAAAAAGGACUCCAAGUAGUGAGUUUUCUUCCCCUUGUUCCCCAAAAGAUGAAGCUCCAAAUCCCAAUAUUCAAUCUCCUGCACUGCUUGACAUGCGUAAAUCAGUUGAGGAAAGGAGAAGUACAUAUGCUUCAUUGUUUAUCUCUUCCAAACAAGGUCCAUCAUCUUCAGCUAUGACAGAGCCUCUUAACCUCUCUGCUAUCUCAAUAUCAGAUUCAAACACAGGCAAGACCACGGGAAUAAAGAGUUAUUUGCUAUGCAACAAGGUUAGAGUCUACACAUGCCUUCCAGAUAUUGCAUUUCCUGAAGGCAUUACGGUGCUGCCCAUCAGCGAUGACAAGUGGGUCGCUGUGAACCUGGAAUUCCCCAAUGAAUGAGAAGGAUAACUUACAUACUGGAGAUGUCUGUAACUGUUGAAUUUUAUCCCCUUGAACCUAUUUAUUAUAGCAAUGUAAUUGAGUUAUUGGUAAGUAGUUGAGUUGCCAGAUUCAACUACUGUCUUAAUCAUAUAAAGUUUUCCUGUGUUAGAAUUCUAGUGUCCUGCAUGUUAAGAUGGUAUUACAGUUUUAGCUGAACUUGUCCAUCUGCACUAGAUUUGUUGCAACUUUGAUGAAACCAAUGGAUUGGGAGAUAAUGUAGCAUUUUAUGAUCAGGCUUUCAUGACA